GACAGCGGUGGGCUGGGACCUGGAUGAGUAAAAUUGGGUGCUUCUCAUACGGAAGGGCCAACUUAGCGACUUUUUUUCCAAGAAAGCGCAUUGUGACAAAUCUAGCGACUUGUUGAAACCUUAUCUAGCUUCCGAGACUCCCCGGUACUGCCGCACAAACGCGAGAUCUUGCUUUCCUGCCGCCGGCACACCUCUCUGCGUCUGUUCUGUUCAGUGAGCGGCUUAGAUACGCAGCACAUUCAAUUGAGGCUGUGCGCUCUGUCAGAGAACAAAUACAAUAGAUACUAUUGAGUGAUCAUUUUCGGUGUGUUACAAACGGGAUUUAUCACCCUCCGAAGGACACUUCGGAGUGAAAACAAUCAUGCCCGCCAUAUUGAAGGGUCGUUCCAAACCGAAGUGCUCAAAACUGGCCACUUCAAAGGGCCCUUCAGAAUGAAGGAUUUCGAAGGGUACAACUGAUGGACACUUCGGGCCCCCAUGAUCCUUUGCACAGGGAAGUUGUUUGUCGUCACAGAAUGGGUACAGGAGGCUCGGAGUUCGGUUUUACCUAUAAAUGUUUUCUCUAGCUCCCUGUGAGCAGAAGUGUCUUUCGUUCUCCUGAUCAGCUCUGUCAUGAUGUCACGGUACCAUCAGCAUUUUGAGCGGGAUUUCCGCGGUGUGUGGGAGAGGAGGGAGCGAUGUGCCACCAACAGCAGCUGCAGUGGCACUGUUAACGACUGUGUCUCCACAUCUGCCUCCUCCGUUCCCAACAGCGGCAACAACCGUCCCGGCCUCCUCCCCCUGCCCAUCAUCCCCUCGCUGCUGCCCACUCCAGUCUCCGGGACAACCAGCACAUCCAAUAGUGAGCUGACCUGCAAGCGAUUAGCUCCCACCUGUACGACCUCCACUACUAAGGUCUCUGGGCACCCGUCGGCAGACACGCAGACUCAGGGCCAGGUCCUGGCUAAUAGUGUCCGGUGGGGACAAACACUCAUUAACCAAUCCACGCCCUGGGACACGGACGAGCCGCCGGCAAAACAGAUGAGGGAGAAAGAUAUCACAGCUCCUCUAUGGCCGCCACAAGUUGCUGCCUCCGUCAGCCAGGCUGGACUCUUGACGCACACGUACGCCUUGCCGCAGGCACCAGCUUACAGCCAGUGUGCGACCAUCCAAGCGCCCAUCGUCGGCGUGACCCCAGCGCUCCAGACUCCUCACCCGCAAUUACCUGCACACUACCAGCUCCCACAGCAGCCUUCACAGCCGAUGACCAGCAUGGUCCUCAACAUCCAGAGCCAAUCCCUCGCUGUCGGCGGCCUGCCCCCAAUGCCCAGCAUCUGCCAGGUUGCCCAUCCUGUCCACACGGUGGUGGGCAACGGUCACCUGACCCACCCCAUGGUGCAAUCCGCCGCCAUGACCUCCUCAACGCUGCCCACCAAUGGACCUUUGACGAAUGGCCAGCAGGAGACCACCAACAAUGGCCUGCAGAUGCUGAGAACGGUCGGACUGGGGAAAUAUGAAUUUACAGACCCCUGGCAUCCCAAAGAAAUGUUGAAGGAAUUGAACCAGCAGCGGAGAGAGAAAGAGUUUACAGACCUGAAAAUAAUUGUUGAAGGCAAAGAGUUUGAAGUCCAUCAAAAUGUUCUAGCUUCCUGCAGCUUGUAUUUCAAGGACAUGGUGAAAAGGUUAUCGGGAGAGAACAGAAACGGUGAGAAGAUGCAGCUGACAAUGAGCAACAUCAGUUCAGAUGUUUUGGAGCUUCUCUUGGAGUUUGUUUACACCGGCUCCCUCAUUAUUGACUCGGCCAACGCCAAGACCUUACUGGAGGCGGCCAACAAGUUUCAGUUCAACACAUUCUGCAAAGUCUGUGUCUCCUUCCUCGAGAAACAGCUGACGGCCAGUAACUGUCUGGGAGUGUUGGCCAUGGCCGAGGCGAUGCAGUGCACCGAGCUCCACAACAUGGCAAAAGCCUUCGCCCUGCAAAACUUCCCUGAUGUGGCCAGUCAAGAUGAAAUCCUGAACAUUUCCAAAGAAGAUCUGGUUAGUUACAUGUCCAACGACAGCCUAAACACGAAAGCUGAGGAGCUGGUCUAUGAGACAGUCAUCAAAUGGAUUAAAAAGGAUCCCAGCAGCAGAGUCCAGCAUGUGUCUGAGCUGUUGGCAGUGGUGCGGCUUCCGUUCAUUCAUCCCAGCUACCUGCUGAACGUGGUGGACAACGAGGAACUGAUCAAAUCUUCAGAGGCCUGCAGGGACCUGGUGAAUGAAGCCAAGCGCUACCACAUGCUGCCACAUGCCCGCCAAGAGAUGCAGACGCCCAGAACUCGCCCGCGACUGUCUGCCGGUGUCGCUGAGGUGAUCGUGCUGGUGGGUGGGCGGCAGGUCAUCGGUAUGAACCAGCGUUCGCUGACAGCCGUCACUUGCUUCAACCCUCAGAACAACAAGUGGUACCCCCUGGCCAGCUUGCCUUUCUACAACCGCGAGUUCUUCUCCGUCAUAUCGGCGGGGGAUAAUAUCUACCUGUCAGGUGGCAUUGAGUCGGGAGUCACGCUGGCAGACGUGUGGUGUUACAUGUCCCUGCUGGAUAAUUGGAAUCUUGUGUCUCGGAUGACAUUCCCGCGGUGCCGGCACAACAGCGUGGUUUAUGACGGCAAGCUUUACGCCAUCGGAGGCCUCGGAGUGGCCGGAAACCUGGAUAAUGUGGAAAGAUACGACACCAUCACUAACCAGUGGGAGAUGGUGGCUUCUUUGCCCAAACCUGUGCAUUCUGCAGCAGCGACUGUCUGUGGAGGGAAGAUUUAUGUGUUUGGAGGGGUGAAUGAGGCCGGUCGCUCUGCUGGAGUACUUCAAUCAUAUGUGCCCCAAACCAACGCCUGGAGCUUUAUUGAGUCGCCUAUGAUCGAUAACAAAUAUGCCCCAGCUGUGACUCUUAAUGGAUAUAUCUUCAUCCUUGGAGGAGCAUACGCCAGAGCCACCACCAUCUACGACCCCAAGAAAGGAAAUAUCAAAGCAGGACCCAACAUGAACCACUCCAGACAGUUCUGCAGUGCGGUGGUCCUGGAUGGGAAGAUCUAUGCAACCGGUGGCAUCGUAAGCAGCGAGGGCCCGGCGCUGGGAACCAUGGAGGCCUUCGACCCCUGUGCCAACAUGUGGACGCUGCAGCAGAGCCUGCCUUGCCCACUCUUUAGACACGGCUGCGUGGUUAUUAAGAAGUACAUUCAGAGCGGGUGAAGCUGACGCAGACAAACACGACCUCACCGCCUGUAGCACACCGGACACCCACUUUCCACACGCCCAAGAUUAUGUGCUAAUACAGAAGCCUCGCUCACUUUCUGACACCCACUCGGAAUGUAGAAGCUAAUCUUCUCUGCCAGGUGCAAACAGGCCUUCGUGUAAUAUAGCGCACCUGACAGAGCUGUCGUUGAUGUGUUUCGUGGCUCUAGCCUUAAUGCUCUGUGGCCAUUGGGGCUGACCCCUUUUUCCAUUCUACAUAAUUCCUUUUUAUCUCUGUUUACAAAUUUCUGUAGCAUAUUUUGCAUUGCUACCAUUUUAAUUGUUUGCAUAAUGUUCGUUUCUUUUUUCUUUGAGCAAUACUGUAAAUGACACCAUUUGGUUUCGGUAACUCGUGUAAUGGUUCACUCAGUUGUAUCACUAUUUCAUCAUAUCCGAUUCACAAGCAAUUUUUAAUAAAGUAGGGGAGCAAAGGGAUAAAGUGCUUCUCUAAAAGUGCACUAAAACCUCAUUUGACCAUUUGCUAAGCUCCGCCUGCCUUAGUUACUGUUGCUCACUCAGACAAACUUGACAAGAAUGGUGCAGUUGUUAGUAAAAUGAGCUGGUAAAAUGGAUUGGAUAUUAUUCUUACGCAGGCUGGAAUGAAGCGUGACAUUGCAGAGGAUCUUUUAUCUGCCGUUUGGAUUCGAAACUGAUAAAUUACGCAGUAACGUGAUUAAAAACUGCAGAGACUGUGAACAGAGACUGCCAAAUGCUUCUCACAGUCACUGAAAAGAGAAAAGCAAUUACAGCUGAUCACAUUAGUGUAAUUGAACAGAACUGCUUUUGCCGAUAUAACCGGAAUCAAUAUAUGAAAUGACAUUUAAGUUAGAAACAUGCCGUUAUAUUGGAGCAGUGAUACACUGCAAAAAAACAUGAUUCAUGAUUAGUAUUUUGAAUUAUUUUCCAGUUAAAAUAAUUACAAAUCUUUGAAAUAUAUUUACAUAUAUUCAAAUGUAAUAUCUAAUUCAGUGACUUUAUGACUUUUAAACAGGUCAAAAAAUUCAAAAAAUUCAAAACUUAAGAUUAUUUUUGGCAGUUUUUUUUUUUUUUUUCAUUCCCAUGUUGAUUUGGGAAUAAGAGCUUUAUUUAUUAUUUAAUAAGAGUUUAUUUAAUGAUUUGAAAAUGCAUGUAAAAAAAUUCGAACAAUUACAUUAGUAUGGAACAAAAGCUUGUCUGAUAAUAUGGUACAUGACAACAGUUGCUAAGGUAGAGCUGGCGAGGGGUCAUUUAUAACCAGGCCUGGAGAGAAUCUGUUUUUUAAGGAAGUUGGGGAAUCUGUGGAAUGGAUUUGAAGUCAAUAUGAAAUCAAGAUUGAUUUAUUUUUAUAGUAAAUGAUUUACCAGUCCACUUUAUUAUAAUAAGAAAUGUCUUGGAAUCUUUCAUCAAAAGGGAGUAACUUGAAACAAACUCUGAAACUACUUUCCUUUUCGGCUGACGUCAUUAUACUGCAGUAAUUAUUUUUUUAAACCACUACUCUUAUCACUGUUUUUCAAUAUAAACAUUUAAAUCUAAAUCUUUAAUCUAAAGUGACUUGAAAAGAAAAUUUCAUAAGAUAUUAAAAGUUUUCAGAGAAUUUACUGCAUUUUGAAUGAAGUUUAUUUUCCUUCCCCCAUUGGAAAACAAAAAUCUAAAUUUAAUUUAGUGAGGUUUAUGCUUAAAACAAGAAAAAAAAAAAGAAAAGAAAAAAAAAAGGCAACAGAGAAAGUAAAAUAAACUUAAUGCAAGAUAUAUUCUCUGCAAACAAGUCCUCCUCUUCAACCACCUGGCUCCAUUAUACUUUAAAAAAUGUGGGGUGUAUGUGGGGCAGAUUCUGUCUGAGCCUGAUUAUAACUCACGUGCACAAGUUUAACUUGAUGUUAGUUUUAUAAUAAGAUAUGAGUCAAACACAGAAGAGUAUAUUUAUAUGAGAUAUGUAAAGACCUUCCCUUAACUGGAGAAGAUGGCUUUUGAGUCUCUGCUCUUUCUAACACCAUCCACCGUAAGACCUUUAAUUGGGGGCAUCUUGGACCGGAAGGUGAAGGUGGGCUUGAUCGCCUUGAACUGGGCUGAUAUGGCAUUUGUAGCUUGAUUUUCUUUUCUUUGGAACGUUUCACUUUUUUCUUGCACGCAGCCAAAGCACAAAACAUUUGAGACUCGGAGAGAGAACAGGAAAUGUUUGCCUUCAUUUCCUCUGCAUUGCCAAACCACCAAGUGGUGAAACACGCUGUCUGACAGGGAGGGCGAUUCUCUGUACACGAAAGUAACAAAAGUUUAUUUUAGGAACUUUACAUGUCAAACUGUUUCUAGACAAAAUGUAUAGUAUGUUAAAGAAAUGUUAUGUACAAAACACAAGCUGUUAUCGUUUGAAUUAAUGAUUGUGUUUCAUCAUUAAUUAAAACAAUAACACAUAUUCAAAAUACAAUGUGCAUUCGUAAUGAAAAUCACUAGUCUGGUUUAUUUUGACUAUAUAAGAAAGCAAAUAAGCAUUGUGAGAUUUGGGAAUCAAGGUGUGCUGUUACUUUAUGUGAUGAUACUUAUGAUUUACACCUACUUGAUGAUAAAACAGAUGAAGAUCCUACAGACGCAUGUUGAAUAAGGCCAUAUCUAGAGACCGAAAUAUCACAGUGGACUCAUUUUAGACAAUACACACUUAGCAAACACUGUUUCCCGUAGAACGACAUAGCUCGCUGCUUAACUACCAUAGUACGAUGCAUCAUUGAAGAAAUCAUCUACUUCCUGAAACCGUUACUGCAUCCCAAUUUGCCUACUUAUACUAUGCACAAAAAGUAUGUGCUGUUUUUCUUAAGAAAAAGUACAUACUUUUGAGUGUGUAGGAGAAUAGUAGGCAAACUUUGGGUCAUAUCCUCUUUAACGGACGGUUUUGUGCAUCCUUAAACUGCCCUGUCAAUCAUCUUGUCAUAGUUACAGUAAAAUCCUCUACAUUCAGUUUAAUUUAAUUUCCUACCGCAUCAGAGAGAAAUGUAGUAGCACGUUGAUCUGCGAGUCAUGGGUCUUCUCUCACACUUCUCAUGUGUUUGCAUAAUGAUGCAUUUAAAGGUUAAUGACAAAAUGUUUUUUACGAAACGACCAAAUCUUUACAAAAGUUCACAAUGCUGUUGCAGAUGAAAUAUUAUGUGGAUAACAUUGAAUAAAUAUAUUUCCGACAUGUUAGGUACUGAUUAUUAAUCAUUUAAACCCCUUUUAUCUAAACCUCUCUACGUUGGUCUCGCACAUCCACCAUGUUUGUAGUUUUUUUUUUUUUUUUUUUUUUUUUUUUAACUCAUGUUUGUAGUUCUAAUCGAACCCUUGUCCACUGUGCAAUGGGUUAAGGGCAAUAUUAGCCGUUAGAGUGUGCAUGGAUCUGCACUUCGGAUUCUAACCGGAAAAAGUAGACCAUCCGGGUAUCUUUGGAAUACUCAUUUCAACAUACUGCGAUUUGGGAUGCACUAAUUCUAAUUAUGAAUACUAUUUAGGAUGGUUUAUGCAAAUUGGGAUGCAGCACACAUUGUCGCAAAUUUGUCGUUUGACUAAUUUGACUAAUGAUGUCACGCAGGUGAUGGAGUAAUAACUUCUUUUAAUGAAUCAGUUUGAAUUAAUGCUAUAUUUUUUGUUAUAAAUUACAGACAUGGCAUCUGAGUACUAAUUCUCAUUUUUCUAAGUAAUUUUGCUGUAUUUCCAGAUUCAAUAAUAGGCUUGUUCUUACAUUCUACAUGACAUACGCACAUGUGCACUCUUCAAAAACGGCGCUUUAAAGGGGACCUAUUAUGCCCCUUUUUACAAGAUGUAAAAUAAGUCUCUGAUGCCCCCAGAGUGUGUAUGUGAAGUUUCA